AUGGCGGGGCUGCGGGCCAGGCGGAGCUCCGGGCUCCGGCUGCUGGCGCUGUCCGCGCUCGGCUUCUGCCUGAUGCUGCAAGUCAGUGCCAAGAGGCCCCCCAAGACGCCCCCCUGCCCGCCCAGCUGCUCUUGCACCAGGGACACCGCCUUCUGCGUGGACUCUAAGGCAGUGCCCAGGAACCUGCCCUCCGAGGUCAUCUCUCUGACGCUGGUGAAUGCUGCCUUCUCGGAGAUCCAGGAUGGAGCAUUUUCCCACCUGCCACUGCUACAGUUCCUGUUACUCAACUCCAACAAGUUUACACUGAUUGGAGACAACGCCUUCACAGGACUGUCGCACCUGCAGUACCUCUUCAUUGAGAACAAUGACAUCUGGGCACUAUCCAAGUUUACCUUCAGAGGACUCAAGUCUUUGACACACUUAUCACUGGCCAACAAUAACCUGCAGACACUGCCUAGAGACAUCUUUCGGCCCCUGGACAUCCUGAGUGACUUGGACCUGCGGGGCAACUCGCUCAACUGUGACUGCAAGGUGAAGUGGCUGGUGGAGUGGCUGGCGCACACCAACACCACAGUGGCCCCCAUCUACUGUGCCAGCCCGCCCCGCUUCCAAGAGCACAAGGUGCAGGACUUGCCGCUGCGGGAGUUUGACUGCAUCACCACGGAUUUCGUGCUGUACCAGACCCUGUCCUUCCCAGCCGUGUCAGCCGAGCCCUUCCUCUACUCCAGCGACCUCUAUUUGGCUCUGGCCCAGCCAGGUGCCAGUGCUUGCACUGUCCUCAAGUGGGACUAUGUGGAACGGCAGCUUCGAGAUUAUGAUAGAAUCCCAGCCCCCUCUGCCGUGCACUGCAAGCCCAUGGUGGUGGACAGCCAGCUGUACAUGGUUGUGGCCCAGCUGUUUGGGGGCUCUUAUAUUUACCACUGGGACCCCAACACCACACGCUUCACCAAGCUGCAGGACAUUGACCCACAGCGCGUGCGCAAGCCCAACGACCUCGAGGCUUUCCGCAUCGACGGUGACUGGUACUUUGCUGUGGCCGACAGCUCCAAGGCGGGUGCCACCAGCCUCUACCGCUGGUACCAGAACGGCUUCUACUCCCACCAGGCCCUGCACACCUGGCACCGUGACACUGACCUGGAGUUUGUGGAUGGCGAGGGCAAGCCACGGUUGAUUGUGUCUAGCAGCUCCCAGGCGCCUGUCAUCUAUCAGUGGAGUCGCACCCAGAAGCAGUUUGUGGCCCAGGGCGAGGUGACCCAGGUUCCUGAUGCCCAGGCCGUGAAACACUUCCGUGCCGGUCGCGACAGCUACCUGUGUCUCAGCCGCUACAUCGGCGACUCUAAGAUCCUGCGCUGGGAGGGCAGCCGCUUCUCUGAAGUGCAGGCCCUGCCCUCCAGGGGCUCCCUGGCCAUGCAGCCCUUCCUCGUGGGCGGCCGCCGCUACCUGGCGCUGGGGAGUGACUUCUCCUUCACGCAGAUCUACCAGUGGGACGAGGGGCGCCAAAAGUUUGUGCGGUUCCAGGAGCUGGCUGUGCAGGCCCCUCGGGCCUUCUGCUACAUGCCUGCUGGGGACGCCCACCUGCUCCUGGCCCCCAGCUUCAAGGGACAGACCCUCGUGUACCGACACAUCGUGGUGGAUCUCAGUGCCUAG